AUGGAUAGUAUUAAAGGUGCAAAAAGCUUAAACGGUAAAACAAAGAAGAAACAGGACAGCAGAAGACCUGCCAUAAAAGCCAUCAAAAGGCCUACUGUGCAGAUUUUCAACUACGGAGAGGCGAGAGAGACAAGCCUCGGGCAGGAGCAGGAGAGUCGAUGGACUAUAAAAGGCGUGAGUGAGGCCCUUGGACGCCACACGCCCUCCCUGCAGCCGCUGCUCGAGAACCACUUCCUUGACCCAAAGUUUUGGCACGAGAAUGGCGAAAUAGGUCAUGAUUCAGACGAGGAAUUCCCAGCUGCCAUUCCACACACAGACUUCGACAUGGCCGGCGGACGCGCUCGCUCUCCCUCGGGACUCCUGCUUCGCCUGAGCCUCUUGCUGGUCCUGCUGGCGUGCUCCUCCUCGCCCGCCUCGUCCUCGAGCCUUCCCGCCCUUGAGGCCGUAUCCCCGAGGGCGGAGGAUGGUGCUCAGGUGGCGCUGCACCUGGUCAAGCGCCAGGCGACAGGUCUGGCCAGCAGCGAGGAGGCGGCGCUGCUGGCGCUGCUCGACCUCGUCCCCCGCGCCGACCGACGCUCCGCCGCCUCCAUGCUCGACCGCCUCUUCACCACGCUCGACCUCAACGAAGACGGGCUGAUCGACUCGCGGGAGUUCGAGACCGUCCUCAGGCUGGUCGCCACCAUGAACCGCCACCCCUCCUUCGUCUGAGCCUCCUGCCCCCAUCGACCUCAGGCCCGACCCAUGCCGAC